UCCUCACACACAGGAGAAAGCAGGAGGCCAUGGACAACCAUGUGGGCUUUUCUCGUGUCUGGACCUUGCUUCUGGGGCUUUCUUUUAUUCUGCCCCAUCCUGUCGACGCGUUUUGGCUCUUGGAUGUGCUGUUCCCUCCUAGCAAUACACCAAAGGCAGCCAUGACCAACAGCACCCCUCCAGUCGUACUGGUUCCCGGCUGCUUUGGAAACCAGCUAGAAGCGAAGGUCGACAAAGAAGACGUCGUUAACUGGAUGUGCUAUCGAAAGACAGACGAUUACUUUACAGUAUGGCUGAAUAUGAAUAUGUUCCUGCCCCUGGGGGUAGACUGCUGGAUAGAUAAUAUCAGAGUUGUUUACAACAAGACGACGCGGACGGCUUCCAAUGCACCCGGGGUGGACAUCCGCGUCCCUGGCUUUGGACAGACAUACUCGGUCGAGUACCUGGAUCAGGGCAAGUUAGCUGGCUACUUGCACACCCUUGUGCAGAACUUGGUGAAUAACGGCUACGUAAGAGAUCAGAGCGUGCGAGCGGCUCCAUACGACUGGCGGAUCGCUUCCAACGGACAGAAGGAAUACUUCGAGAACCUGAAGCUCCUGAUCGAGGAGAUGAGCGCCGCGCACGACAUGCCCGUUUUUCUCAUCGGUCACAGCCUGGGCAACCUCUACCUCCUCUACUUCCUCAACCAGCAGCCGCAGCCAUGGAAAGACCGACACAUCAAAGGCUUCAUAUCGCUGGGGGCACCCUGGGGGGGGGCCGUCAAACCCCUGCUGGUUCUCAUGUCAGGCGAUAAUCAUGGAAUCCCAAUGGUUUCUAAUAUCAAGAUCCGCGAGGAGCAGCGCAUGACCACCACUAACCCCUGGAUGCUCCCCACAAACUUGGCUUGGCCCGAAUCCCACGUCUUUAUUUCUACCCCCGAGUUUAAUUACACCUAUCGGGAUUACAAGCAGUUUUUCCAGGACAUUGAGUUUGAAGACGGUUGGUAUAUGUGGGAAGACACCAAGGGGCUUCUUGAAGGUCUGCCCCCUCCUGGAGUGGAAGUGUACUGCAUCUACGGGACAGGACACCCCACCGCGGAAUCUUACGUUUAUGGAGACGGAUUCCCCAACGAGCCCCCUCUAGAGAUCAAAUAUUCGGACGGUGAUGACACGGUACAUAAGAGAAGCAUGGAGCUAUGUAAUCGCUGGCAUGACCAACAGAAAGAGAAAGUCCAUGUUAUGGAACUGGAGGGAAUGGAUCAUCUUGGAAUAGUGUUCAGCAAUCGGACAUUGACUCUAAUCAAUGACAUCUUACUAGGGAACAGUCUGCCAUAAUUCAGCAGGGAGAGAGUUAUAUACCGUGCAUGAUCCCAGCUCCCUAACCCAACAGUGCUAGAACUCGGGGAGUGCUAAUAAAGCCGGGAUUUCAGGA